AUGCCGACAACCCCCCACUACAAUCAGAACUACACAAUCCACUCCAACUACAAUCAAAACGACACAAUCAACCCCCACUACAGUCAGAACCACACAAUCCACUCCGACUACAAUCAAAACCACCCCUACUACACCGACUACAAUCAAAACCACAUCCUCUACUCCGACUACAAUCAGAACCACACCCUCUACUCCGACUACAAUCAGAACCACACCCUCUACUCCGACUACAAUCAGAACCACACCCUCUACUCCAACUACAAUCAGAACCACACCCUCUACUCCGACUACAAUCAAAACCACAUCCUCUACUCCGACUACAAUCACCCCAAAGCCGCCUUGCCCCAAUGGAAAGAGAGUCGUCAAACCGGCCGCAUCAAUACAAGAGAAGACUAA